AAACAUAUGCGGUAGGUUUCAUAAAUAUGCUCUGAGCGUCAUUUGAACACGAAAUAUAGUGAGUGACCACUGAUACAGGCAGACAAUGAAUUAUACCAUUGUGAUUCUUGGCGGGCAUAUCCUGUGAGUCUUUAAAUUCAUUUCAAAACAAAACUAUUAUUAAAGUUAGGUUUUGUCAUUUUAUCCGUGGCAUUAGAACACAACGGAAUAAUCUCAGACAAAAGAACGCUAACUAGGUUUUAUUGGAGGUCUAUGUGACGGAUAUUUCCUGAUUGUCAACUCGCUUCCUACCUUUAUAACUGAGCACGAUGAAUUAGGCCGAGCAUUAGAGACGAGAAAUGUCAUAUGUGGUCUACCUCCUGCUUUUAUCGAUCUUUUUCUCUGCUCAGGGCCUGAGGUGUAGGAUGGAGCAGGAUGAAGAAUCCCAAGAUGAGUUUGAAGAUAUCGUUCGCAACUGCUUGAGAGAGGAGAGCAGCGUCUCGACUUAUCGCAAAGAAGAUCAAGAUAAUAGAAACAAAGGGUUCACUAGAAAUCAGCAACAAGAAAAAUUAAACUCUUCUGGAGGAAAACGUGGAAAAGAAGAUAACUAUGGAAAAGAUGGAGAAGAAUAUGACUAUAAUGAAUAUGACAAUGAUAAUUCUAACUACAGGGAUAAAAAUACACAAAGAAGACCAUAUUCAUCAACUACACAAAAAUAUCAGGGCAACACCUAUCAAGGUUCAAAACAGUACGGGACAAGGAGAAAUCAAACCUCAAGAAAUAUUGGAUCUCCUUUAGAAUCCAUAGAACCAUGCAUCAUACACUGCAUAUUCAAGCAGAAGAAAAUGCUAAACCAAAAUAACAAGGUUGACAAAACCAACACAAUGCAUGUCUUGACUCAGAAAAUAAGGAAUUCUGAACUGAAAGAGUUUGUGGAAGAUUCAAUAAAUGAAUGUUUUGACAAAAUUGAUAAUGAAAAAAGUGAAGGAAAAUGUGAAAACUCAAAGAAAUUUGCCUUGUGCCUUGAAGAGAAAGGAAAAAAUAAUUGUGAGGAUUGGGAUACAAACAGUAAUCGUACUACAGAUAACAGCAAUACUUUCUCCAACAUGAAUUAUAAUGAUCCAGACGAAUCACAACCUAAAAGAGGAGAAAGAGGCAACAACAGGCAUCAAUAUGAGACUAAUAAUAGCAGCAAAGACAAGAUGGGCAGUUGUUUUACCCGAAAUGAAAGAGAUGAAAGGGAUGGAUCUAAAAUGAAACAUGAGGGUUCAAAUGAUAAGACAAAUAAUAAUCGUAGAACCAGUGAUCCAGAUAAUAAUGAACAAAAAAUAAAAUUUUCAGAUUAUUUUCAAACAAGAGGAUAAAGUUUUUAUCAAACAAGCUAUGAUAAAAAAA